AAUUAUUGCAAUGAAAGAAAGUCUCGUGAUCAAAGUAUUUUUCCACAUAGAAGCAGAUACGAGCAUGGACUUUAUGCCGACCAGUUUAUGGCAUGUUUCUUGCCAUUAAAAGCCAGUAAUGGUCAGCCUAAGUGUUGAGCAAGGACAAGGGGGAUAUUUUUUUGAUCAUGAAGAUGAACAUUCGACACCAGCAGUCCAAACCAACAGUCUGGACAUGUCACAAGAAGUUUCAUCUAUUCAUGCGGAACUCGUCACURRACCAAAAUUCCACAAGCUACGGACAGUUUGGAUUGGAAUUGCUCUUAUAAUUUUAUUUAUUGGCCUGGCAAUUGCCCUGUUUGUAGUACAACCAAAUGAUSUCAGCUGGUUUGGGAGUACAUAUCCUCUCUUUCAUUUCUUUCUCAUUCUACAUGUGUCUCUUUGGCUGAUAGUUUUGGUAGCAGACAGAUGUCUUCAGCAUGCCCAUCACAUUUCUCAAGGACUUGGAUAUUUACAGUUGUUUAGAGAGACUAAAGACUUAAGAAGAUUGCCUUACAAUGUACUCAACUUAGGCAAUGCUGUGUUACUGGUCAUUACAGCAGUUCUUGGACACAGCAAUGAUUGGUCUGGACUGAAGUUGAUAAAUAUCCUUCAAAUUGUAUUUGUACUGGAAAUGCUAGUAAUUGUUCCAGGAAUUAUCUGGUAUUUAGCUAUAGUAAUUAAGUUUAAUCGCACCAAACCCCAUCCUGAUGCAGAAGACUCAGAGUUUCUAAAUGGCUUUWCUGCAACAUCAGCUAUUUCACAGUCUGUCUCAGAAACAGGAUUCAGGGAUGGUGAAUAUCUAGAUGAUGUUCUAGAGAAGCAAGCAGACAUGAUACGAUACUUACAGCAACACAAUGCUAACUUAGGAAGAAGACUCAUGACUUUAAUGCAACGGCAGCGUCAASAGCCUGUCAAUACAACACCAGCUAAGCAAGGAAACUGAAUGCAAUCAUUAUUUAAUGAAAUGAGUUUGUGCUAGAAACUAAUUGAAUAUUCACAACAUAAAAUACAAUAUUUGAGAAGAU